UGUAAGAAAAUGUAAGACUUAAAGUGGAGUUGUGAAAUGGGUCAGUACAGGAAUCAGUUUUACACAUAGUUUCAGAAGUCAUGGUGGUGCUUCAGCUUCAAUCCAUUAAUGGGUUGUUGCUCCAAUGCCCAAACAAGAACCCAGUAACUCAGAGAAGAGCCAGAGCUCAAAAAUGCCUCUGCUUGCAAACACAGACUCUUCCCUCCAAAACCCAGAGGAUAAUGGAGAGUUUGCCGGUGAGUAGUGAGGUUGGUGGUGCUGGUGGAGCUUACUCGUAUAGUGCUUUGAAGAGGUUGGAUCAAGUUUGGUCUAAGAUUUGCAAUGCUAAAACAGUUGUGGAAGAACCAAAGGAAGUGGUUUCGAAUUUUCCUGGUUUGCUUGGGAACUCUGAUCUGGCUGAAAAAGUGGUGGAUACAUUUGAUGUGUUGAUUUGUGGGGGAACUCUGGGGAUCUUCGUAGCAACAGCAUUGUGUGCUAAAGGUCUUCGAGUAGGUGUCAUUGAAAGAAAUGUACUACAAGGGAGGGAACAAGAGUGGAAUAUUUCGAGGAAAGAGCUCCUGGAAUUUGUAGAAAUCGGAAUUCUUGAAGAAGAUGAGAUUGAACAAGCUACCGCCAUGAAAUUCAAUCCUAAUAGAUGUGGAUUUGAGGGAAAGGGAGAUAUCUGGGUUGAAGACAUUCUUAAUCUUGGUGUUUCACCAGUAAAGCUUAUAGAGAUUGUGAAGAAUCGUUUUAUUUCUCUAGGUGGGGUCGUAUUAGAAGGCUACACUAUGUCCAGGAUUUCCAUUUAUGAAGAUGCAGCUGUCUUGCAACUUAGUGAGGGAAAGACUUUGUCAUCUCGCCUCAUCAUUGAUGCAAUGGGGAAUUUCUCUCCAGUUGUAAAACAGAUAAGAUCCGGAAGGAAGCCAGAUGGUGUUUGCCUUGUUGUUGGAUCCUGUGCUCGUGGGUUCAAGAAUAACUCUGACAGUGAUGUUAUAUAUAGUAGUUCGUCGGUCAAGAAGGUUGGGGCCUCUGCAGCACAAUUCUUUUGGGAGGCAUUUCCAGCUGGUUCAGGUCCUAAAGAUCGUACGACUUAUAUGUUCACUUAUGUUGAUCCUCAACCCCAAUCGCCAAAGCUAGAAGAAUUAUUAGAAGAAUAUUGGAAACUGAUGCCUGCAUAUCAGGGAGUCUCUCUUGAUGAGCUGGAGAUACAGAGAGUUCUAUAUGGCAUUUUCCCCACAUACCGUGACAGCCCACUUCCAGCAGCUUUUGAUCGUGUUUUACAGUUUGGUGAUGCUAGUGGAAUACAAUCACCUGUUUCAUUUGGUGGAUUUGGGAGCUUGACUAGGCACCUCAAGAGACUGUCAACAGGAAUAUACGAAGCAAUCGACGGCGAUUUUCUUGACUCACACAACUUGUCCUUGCUAAAUCCUUACAUGCCCAACUUAAGUUCUUCCUGGUUGUUUCAAAGAGCAAUGUCUGCAAAGGAACCGUCUAAUGUUUCUCCAGAUUUUAUCAAUGAGCUUCUGUAUGCCAACUUUCAGAGUAUGCAGAACCUUGGAGAUCCAGUACUCAGACCAUUUCUGCAGGAUGUUGUACAGUUUGGGCCGCUUACCAAGACAUUAGGCCUUGUCAUGUUAAAUAAACCUCAAAUUAUUCCAUCAAUAUUCAAGCAGGUUGGGAUUCCUGUACUUCUCGACUGGUCUGGACAUUUUUUCAUGCUUGGAUACUACACAUUACUCUCAACUUUUGCCGAUCCUGUAGUAAGGCCUUUAUUAAGUGCACUACCACCGGAGAUGAAGUAUGGAUGGAAGAGACGUCUCGAGGCUUGGAAAUAUGGUGCUGGUUUGGAUUACAAGCUAUGAGGAUAAGAUGACUGGAAGACGAUAAUUGGAGGUCUUGUAGGGAGUAAAUCACUUCGGAGGCACAAGUAUUCAGCCAGUUAGAACAGAAAAAAUGUAAAUGAACUUCAGACGGACCCGAGUACUCAGAAUGCAAGCAAGUCUGAGAAAAUGUGUUAUGAAUUAAACCACAAGCUUCUUUGAAUCACUAUUCAUCAAUUUGUUAGAUCAGAAAAGUGAAUUUUAUUACAAGUAAAUGCCUUCUCAAAAACCGGGAAGGAAAAACAGGUUUAUCACAAAAGAAUAAAGGAAGUCUAAUCUUAUAACAAGAAGCGAACCACUCGACAAUAUCACUUUUGCAACAUCAUGCCCCUCAUUCAUAAGCACUAUUCCUAUUCCUUUCACUUAUUCAGCACCACCACUAUUACCUAAUUAAACAAAAAACAAUCAUUAUUAUGACAUUAUAUCAAUAGUUGGUUGUCUUCGCACACAACACUUUAGAAAGGGCCUUCACAAGAGGCUUCUCCUUUACAUCUUCCUUCUUUUCAAAGCGCCAUUUCCUUGAUUUAUUUAGGAGCUCCAAA